AUUUGGCGAAAUGUUCAAAAGUUUGCGUUGACGUUAACUUGGUCCUAGUCACAAUCAGCCCGUUGUUUGGAAAUGCCGGAGCGCUCGAAGCGUAUUAAGUUAUAUGACGACGGAUUCACGAAACAGGAUUCUUACCACAGGAAUGAUAGAUUCAAAUCUAUUGGAUCUGAUAUUUCAGUGUUGGUGAAUUUUGUUGAGUCAAUAACUAACGAGGAUGUGGAUGAAUUAGUUGUUGAUGUCGUUGCUGGGGGAGAUGUUGUUCAGAUACUCAAAUUUCUUGAUUCCGGUCAAGAUCGAAAGGCAGGAGAGCUUCAUGCAGUCUUCAAAGCGCUGUACAUUAUUAUCUUGAAAACAUCUCACGAGUUAAGCAGUCGUUUUCCAAAUGUGGCUAGAGAGCUUGCUGAGGGCUUUCUUGAAGACUCUCGCUUCUCAUUAUGCCUCAAUACAAUGAGGAAGUCUCAGAAUGCGGAAAUCUUAAAGACAUCUCUCCAACUUUUAGCAUCCAUUGUGACAGUCAGUGAAGAUUUAGCUCGAGCGGUCUUGCGAUAUAUUGAUUUCGAUAGCGCGACGAUGAAGAAAUGUUCUCAAAGAAGAAACCUUGUCGAUAAAUGUGACGUCCGGACGUGCUUCAUAAAUUUUUUGGCUUCUUUUGUUUAUUUAGACAACAAUUUUGUUCUAAGAGAACUAGUGGACAAGAAAGGUGCUCUGGAUCUGCUCAUUAGUGAGUCUUUUGUGGACAAAUAUUCAAACGUAAUUCUAAUCUUAUGCGUCCUCAAGAAAGUAGCUGAAAACAGUUCAGUCAGCAAAACACAGCGGGUACGUGUAUUCAAUCGACAUUGUCUUCAAAAGUUAACAUCUUUGUAUCUGUGGCGAGGGGAGGGUAAGACUGUCGAUGAAGUACUGAGAAAAGAUAAUGCUGAGGUGAAUGAACAUGAGUUAGUGUCGAUCAGAGACACCGUACACAAGCUCCUAACUCAUCUUUUCACAUCUAGUCGAUUUGGGCUAGUGUUUUCGAAUAAGUUUGACGUUAACGUGUAAGUUUACCGUCCAAAUGUUUCUUAUAAAUCAGAAAUCUUCAUUGUCAGAUUCAUUCAUUUGUCCAUGAGAUUCUGCAUACUUAGUUUCAUGCUAUUGUUUUUAACAGUAUUUUGGUCAUAACCUUUUGUAAACUUAUAGGUUUGGUUUAUAAUAUGAAGUGCUUUGCAAAAAAUAUGUAUUUACAUCUUAUCGCAUGUUUUGUCGUCCUAAUCGUUUCGUUGUAGUCAGUACAAUCGUUUAAUAUUACUAUGCUUGACGUCCGCUCAUAUGGAGGAUGCAUAUACGGACCCCUUACGUACUGAAUUGGUUGUCGUAGCGCUCUGUAAAUGUCCAGAUUUAUUCCCACAUUACCUCGAUCAUUUGGCUCCUAGUUUAUAUCCACGGGAUUCACCUAGUUGGUUUUGUUUAAUCGAAUUUGUUUUUCACAUCUACAGAUCGAUUAGCAAAUAUAUCGUUCAGUUCACUAUAACCGCACUAACUCAUUCACUGACGAUUGAAGUAUUAGCUACUACCAUAGCAAAUUUUUGUGUCUUGUCACCGAAAAUGAUUGAUCCUAUCAGAAAAGCCUUACAGUAUGAUAAAUCAUCUGAUGUUAAAAAUAAGGCCAUUGAACUUAUGGGAUACUUGAAACAACUGUUGGAAAUCCCGUUAACUUGGCUUUCACUAAACCAGCUACCAAGUACAAUGAAUUUUACAUCAGACCAGUUAAAAAUGAAGAUUGAAUUGCUUAUUCGUGAACGUAUACCUGAUUCCAGAUGGUUAGUUCACUUUCAAAAGCUAUUUAAAAAGAAUUUAAACGACCCUAUCUUAUUGAUAGACCAAGUUGUAUCUUCUACCGAUCAAAGUGAACCAGAGGAGGUUUCCGAAGAAGCAAUCAAAAUAGAAGAUAUGGUGAACUCGAUUGAACAAUCUCUAAAUGAUCUACCAGAAGAAAUAAGAAAGGUAUUCAAAAAUCUUGAAAAAUCUGUUUCUGGAGAUUGUAAUAAUCUAUCUGCGGAUGUCAUAGAUACUAUUAAUGAAUUGCCAGGAAUAACUAAGUCAUGCUUCAAACAUUAUUCAAAUUAUCCAGUAGUAUAUCAAUACUUAUCGAAAUUUAUUCAUUUUCUGUAUAAUAAUACAUCAUUAAUUGUAUUGUACAAACCAAAAAUAUUUUUCAAAUCACUUUUAAAAUAUGUUAAUUUAACAACAGUACUGUUCACAAAUGUCACAUUGCAACACCAACCAAUGAAUGCGAAAAUCCCAACUAUUUUAGAUGAACAUUUAUUAAAAGAAUAUUUAUUCAAGUUUUUAUUAGAAAUAGCUUCUAUUGCACCGAAAGUUGUUUAUAGACAUAUUCCAGUUUUAUGGUUAUUAAGGGCAUAUAAUGCUACAAUGAGUUCACUUGAUCAAACUAUUCUCAAAUUGGUUUAUCUCCUGGAAAAAUUUUCACCAGGAUCAUUAACUCAGUCCAGGUAUAUUGUUUGGGGUUCAAGUCUAUGUAAACAUUAUCAAUUCGAUUUACAAACUAACAUCUUAAAUCAUCCAACUUUAUUACAUCAACCGAAUAUAAAUACGUUGUUCAAUGUAUUAGACGAUAAUCAAUUGUUAGAUUCAGCGUAUAACUUCCCUUUAUAUCGAAGAUGGUUUACUAUUUCGAAUUCGCAUGUCAAUGAUUCAAAGAUUGUAGAAAUUAAUCGUAUACAUGAUCCAUGCUUCAUUCUACAUGUGUUAUAUUACUAUCUUCAGUGUUUUUCAGAAGAUUGUGAGCAAAAUAAUUCCAAUGUUAUCAAACCUGUUCAAUUUCUGAAAAUGUUCUAUGUAAAAAAUUGUUUGUGUUAUGCUGUGGCCGGAUUAUCGAGUUAUUCGAAACAUAUGCGAAAUAUGGCUAGAACAAUUAUCGGGAUAUAUCGAAAGUUGCUGGGUUUAUAUAUCUCUGGCAAUUCAACAACCCCAAAUAAUUAUGAUCAUUCAGAAAAACGAAUUAAUUUAUCUUUUAAACAUUUUCCUGAAGGCCAACAAGUAUUCCAAAAAUUUUCAGUAUUCAAUUUUACAUACAAAUUAGUUGCAUUUUUUGAUUAUGCAAAUAACGUUUAGCUUAUAUCAGUCAACCGAUAAUAACGUUCAGGUAUCGCUUAUGCAAUGCUCAAGAUCUUGUAUCUUAUGCAAGAAUGUUGAUAUUCCUUAUUUCAAUAUUUCAAAUUUAGAUUUUCAAAACAGUCCUGUAAAAUACUGCCCUUACACUUAAGAAUGGUGAAAAAUAAGGGUUUUUCGAGGGGGUGUAAGUACCUAACGCAAUAAUUACUGAAUAUACGAGUAGUUGGAAUGACUAUAAUUCAACUGAAUCGAUAUAAAAGUUACCCAGUAUACGCUUAUGUAUUCGGCUCUAAACCAGUCUGUACAGUGGUUAGUGAUAUUAUUCGGUUGCCUGAACUGAAGUAGGUUGAGAAAAUUCGAGCCUCCAACUUAUUAGUUGAAACCUGACUAUUUUGACUAUUAAUCUUUCGUUUCACAGGAGAUUAAACAUAUUAUAGAUUAUUAUCUUCAUUCAGCUGAAAUUUGUGAAAUUUUCACCGGGAUGUGAUGUAACUAGAGAUUAUAGCGCGAUUUCCUAUGUUAUACUUAUUGUUCACCCGAAACACAUUUUCGGUGUCCAUGGUUAAAUUCAAAGCAACUUGUAUAGUACUUGCGAAAUUAUUUCUGCUCAUAAUUGCUAGAAAACAUGAUCUCAUGAAUUAUUCUCUUGUUUACAACCAACUAACAACCAAUGACUUUUUUAAAACUAUUAGUUUCACUCGUAAAAAGGGGAUGAAGAAAGUUUUGGAUUUAAAAAAGAUAACCAGUCGGAUAAUAUUACACGCAAUUCUCUAACACUCACUUCACACUCCCAUCGAUGGUUAAAUAUUGCCUAUCCUAAUAUUAAGUUAACUGCGCCUGUAGCUCUUCUAGGGUUACUUCGGAUCCCAAGCCCGUGUGAAGGAAGAGGUUUUGGCAUGGGGUUAGCAUCCCCAUCCCGUAGAAAACAACCUUGCUAAAAAGUGCUAACCAGGAUAAACAAAUUAAAUCAUUUAAAAUCUACCCUUGUAGUACAAGGAUCUUCUUUCAAAAGAACUAUAACACCUCAUGGUGAAAACCGAGAAACUCCUGCAGUCACAAGGCCGAUUCCCCUUAUAACAACCAGAGCAAUGAUUAAUAUAGGCACACGGAAUGUUCGGACAAUAUGGAAAACCAGGGGGAUCUAUCAAAGUUGCGGAAAUGAGGAGAUACAACUUGGCGCUUCUCUGUAUCAAUGAGACCCAUCGGACCCAAGCUGGACGGAAAAGCAUAGAUUAGGGAGAGAUGCUUCUGUACUCUGGUUACAAAGAGGAGAAUGCUCUGCACACACAAGCAGGGAAUUGCUCCGAUGCUGUCCAAAGAAGCGUAAAAUGCACUUGUAGGACGGGAAUCUUACGGACCCACUUCAACGUGUCAGGAGGUGCUUGGCCUCAAGAAGCAACAUUAUAAGAAAUGGAUCUCUAUCGAAACCCUAGACAGGAUUCAUAAAAGAAGACAGCAACUAAAAACAGUCGAACAAGAGCAGAGAACGUCAAGACACAUGUCGAAUACACAGAAGCAGACAAGUAAUUAAAGUGGAGCAUCAGAACCUAUGAGCAGAAAUACGUUGAAGAUCAAACAAUGCCAGCGGUAAAGCUGCAAGAGAAGGAAAUAUGAAACAACUAUAUGACGCGACGAAGAAACUGGUAGGGAAAUGUAGUAAACCAAAGAGACCAGUCAAGGACAAAGAAGGCAAUCAUUGUUGAACAAUCGAUUGGAUGGAAUUUGUCACUAUACAUCAACUUCCUUAAUUAUGAGAAAGCAUUUGACAGUGUGGAUAAGAGAAUAUUAUGGAACCUACUUCGACACUACCGUGUACCUGAGAAAAUCGUCAACGUCAUGCAGAUUUCAUACGACCGACUAUUGUGCAAAUUGGUGCAUGGAGUACAGCUGACAAAUACAUCCCAAUUGAAGACCAGUGUCAGACAAGACUGCCUACUCUCCCACUUUCUCUUUGUUCUGUUGUUUGACUGACUGGCUUGUGAAUAUCUCGACAUCUGACAGGAAGCACAGAAUAAAAUGGACAGGUUGGAUGCAACUAGACGAUUUGUACUUCGCAGAGGACCUUGCCCUUCUAUCCCAUACACAUCAAGAAACGCAGAUGAAGACGACCAGAGUAGCAGCAGCCUCUGCAUAAAUAGGCCUCAACAAACACAGUGGAAAAAGCAAGAUCGUCAAAUACAACACGGAGAACAUCAACCCAAUCACUUUUGAUGGGGAAACUGUGGAACAGGUGGAAACUUUCACUUACCUGGUCAACAUCCUCGAUAAAUAAAGAGGAUUUAAAGGCGAGGAUUUUCAAAACAAGGGCGGUAUUCCUACAGUUGAAGACCAUAUGGAACUCAAAAUAACUGUCAACCAAUAUCAAAGUGAUAAUCUUCAAGACAUUAAAUAGUGCAAUAGUACUAUUUGAAGUUGUGUUAAUUCCGGUUAUUUGUUGACUCUGAAGAAUUGGCUUACGUUAAAUUACGAAACGUCAAAAAUACAAUUUUUCUACUCAAUAAGAUAUAACAAAAAUUUAUUUAUUAUUAACUCUGUACGUGGUGCUCAAUUUAUUUGAAACAAUCAAGUCUAAUUUCGGUAUUGAUAUAAUGAAUGCCAAAACAGUUCUACUUUAAGGAGAUGGAACUUCGAGAAUUACCACAACUAUAAUCAAAAGGUACAGUUAUCUACACAAAAUACUCAAUACCGUUUGAUCGGACACCAUUAACGACAGCCUACUGUAUAAAAGAACAAACUAGCUUCCAGCUGAGGAGGAAAUUAGGAAAAGACGAUGGAAGUGGAUAGGAAAUACGUUGCGGAAAUCACCAAACUGCAUCACGAGUCAAACGCUAACUUGGAAUCCUUAAGGGAAACGGAAAAGAGGACGGGUGAAGAACACACUACAUGGAGUAACGGGAAGCAGACAUAAAAAAAUGAGUAGGAACUGGAAAGGAUUGUUCAGAACAGAGUUGAAUGGAGAAUGCUGGUUGGCGGCCUAUACUCUUCCACGAGAUGUAACAGGUGUAAUUUAGGUAUAUGAACCUCACAUCAAAUAUGGAUUCUCCGAAUAAUUAGGUGAUAAAAUGUUCACCGAUUUUGAUAGGUCGACAGACUAUAUGAUUUAAAAACCAAUAGUUGUUUUUAGGAAACAUGUUGGGAAUGUUUUUUCUUUUCAGGUACAUAAUUGCAACUAUAUUCAGCACACCUUUUUUGAAGAAACAUAUUUACGUAUUGGUGAUAUCUACAAGCGAUCAAUUUCCAGAAAAGACUAACACUAGAAUUUGUUUAUUUUAAUGUCUCAAUUUUUAAAUGAAUAGAACCUUACGUAUGAUUGAUAUCACAUUUUACUAUGUUAAAGUUUACUAGUGCAGUGGUCAGUAAGUGGAUAAGGUAUUCGAUUUUCAGCUGUUCAGUCGUAGUUUUGAACCACCUGUCCACCUACUUCGGUUCAGGUCACCUAAGUGUAUCACUGGUUGUCACACCAAGUGCAACUCGAAGCCAACUACACGGAUGUUUACUUGUUAUAGGAGUUUUUGUAUAAACUGUCUCCCCAAAAAUAUGCAUUAAAAUAAUAUUUUCUCCUAUUGGUUUUAUUUCAGUUGUAAUUUACCAAAAUUCCUGUCUAGUUAACAACUAUUUUUUUAGCUUUUCCUACCAAUAAUCUUAAUAAGUAUUACGUGUUAAACAAGAACUUUCGCAAUGAAUCUUGGUAAUCUUUAUUAUUCUUAUUAUUUCUAGAUUGCCUUUGUUCUUGAUACAUUACGCAAUAGUUUAUCACAUGGCGGUGGGUCUGUUCUCGGUGGUGGAAGUCGUAAAGCUAAAUCAUUCCAUAUAUCCAUCGAUUCAGGUGGACGUUUAACAAAAAUUCAUGCAAAUUUCUUUAUCAGAGUUUUAAAAAUACUCAGUCAACCAGAAAAUCAUAUGUUUCAGCCUAUUUGGAAUUGUUUACUGGCAAAACCCGCAAUAGAUUUAAGAUAUGUACCGGAAUUUUUAAGAUUAUACUUUUCAACAAAUAAUAAGUUCACCAUUGAACGUCAAUGGAUUGUUCGAUUGUGUGUUGAUAGUUUAGGUGAUCCAGCAGACUAUUUAGUGAUGGAAAAUUCUUUAGUAUUCAAGCACAUUUUGUGUGCUUAUUCAUUACCUUCAGCCGAUAUGAGUUUCAAGUUCUCAGUUUUACGAUUACUUGUAAACGCUACAAAACACAGUCGAAUUGUACACGCACUUAUAAGAUUUCAUGCAAUCUUACUUUGGCUUUCACGUCAUGCAACAGCUUCAAUCAGUUCUGAAGAACAAAGAAAGUUGUUUUUAUGUAUACUGGAAAAUAUUCAUAAUGCUUUAGCCGAGAAAUCAUCCAAUCAGCCUAUCAUGGAUAUAGUAAAUCUGAUAAAAGAUGAAUGCUCUGUGAAAAAGGAAAGCGUGAACUUGUAUGCAAUCGCAACGAUCCCUUCUGAAAGUUGAAACUACAUUCAUUUGUAAUCAUAUUAUUCAAUGUAUAUUCCUAACUUUCAUGCUCCGAGUUAUUUGUCAUUUGGUUGCAAAAUGAUAUGAUUUCUAGUAAAUCAGUUAAUUGUAUAUGCAUAGCACUUAUAUAAAUAAUUCAAAUAUCGUCCUAUGGUAUCUGAAAUCGUGAAUUUGAUUAACUCGAACAAUGUAGGAUGUGAAAAUGUAACGCAACAUCUUAUUUCUCCAUGAUUUCUGUGAAUUUAAUUUGUGCAGAAUCCAUGCAAGCGACCCGGAUGCCGUUUUGUAUCAUCUGGCACGUAGUAUGUUAAAAGCAAAGUUUGGUUCCACGAAGCGUGCAUGGAUAAUACCGUUACUGCUUACAACGGACUUAGUAAGUUAUCAGGAAACCUGGAGAAAGGUCGCCUUAAAACAGAUAAACGAACAAAGACAUACAGUGAAGGAAAGAAGAGGGAUCUUGACAUCGUUGGUAUUAACGGGACAUGAAUUGACACUAGUGAGUGCACGCCAAAGCUCGGCAUCGUAAUAACAUGGUUGGUACUACACUCUCGAAGCAAACAAACUAGUGACGA